AUGCCUAACCAUCGGAAACGAUCUGUCUCGUUAUCAGGAACCCUCCAAGUCCGAAGGAACAGCUGUAUGGCCUAUGUCUUCUCCACGUGCCUGAUACUGACAUUCUACAACUGGCUGACCAUGGACGGACCUUACACCAUCACCAUCCGGCUCCGGCCGCUGAUGCCGUGGGCAGCGCACCCCGGCAGGAGGCUGCAGUACCUCCUCACAGAUGACUUCAAUCGAAGCAGUAACAUAGCAGAGAAGCUGCACCAAGAACCAUCGAUAACUACCACGUUUCCUGAUACGUACAUCGCGGGGUUUCCCGAGGAGAUAGACGCCAUACUCAUCAACAACACCAGACAGCUCAAACCGGCACAGGAGAUCCUCUCCUUACUGGACACUAUCGACAACAACUGGGCGUUUCGCCCGGAGGCUACAGAAAGACUAAGAUUACAACUGGAAGAGAAAGUGGACACUGUGAACACUUUCAUACUGCACAAAAACUCCACAACGAGUAACGGCACCAUCGGCUUCACGUCAGCACCGGGGGUCUACAAACUGACGCCAUCAGUAUACAGCAGACAACCUAUGGACACGCCGUUCCAGUUCAAACAGUACAAAACCUGCAGUAUUGUCGGCAGCAGCGGCAUUCUACAGGGCAGCAACUGUGGAGAGAGUAUUAACAGUGCAGAUUUUGUUAUAAGGUUCAAUAUGCCAGCUGUCACGGACGAAUUCAAAGACGACGUGGGAAUACGAACACAUCUAGUCACAUGUAACGGAGACACGCUGCAUUAUAAAUUUAAAGACAUCCGGAGUACACAUUGGCUCCGGUUCUUCCGCAACUACGUGGUAGAUAACAAAUACGGAAAAAGCCUGAUCUUCACCGCUCCGUUCAACACCAGAUAUCACCUGCAGAGGCUGAUCUGGUUCCAGUCUGUCGUGCCAAAGUCCAGGUUGCCAAACAGGGUUGUUUUGAACGACUCCCAGCACAAGGUGAAAGCCUUCAAGUUUUGGAGGGAAAGAGGUCUGACGGAGAAAAGUUUUUCUUCAGGAUUCUACAUGAUCACCUCUGCUCUAUCGUUCUGUGAAGAAGUAACGGUCUACGGCUUCUGGCCUUUCCGGAAAGACAGAAACGGCAGAGAAGUCAACUACCACUACUCGCAUGGCGAAGAGCAUGAUGGGGGAAUAGAAAACGAGUGGCACCGGAUGGACCGGGAGUUCGUCAAGCUGGUGGAACUUUACAAGGACGGCGUCAUCAAACUGGUGACACGGAGCUGCAACCAAACUACGGACAGUUAG